AUGGCUUCUUCUAUCUCUGCGUGCUUCACACCCCAAUCCUUCGCUCGUCGCAAUGGCAAUCGCAGCAAAAUUCGAAACCCUAAAUUUCAGAAACCAAUAGUUCCCGGCGGCGAAGCCACCACCUACACUCGUCUUCCGCUCAAGCACGACUAUUCCUCUCCUUCCCCUCUCUCCCCUCCCGAAAUUAAGCUCUCCGAAUCGGCCCUACCCAUCGAGCACAUCCUCCGUAGUCGCAAACCACGAACUCAGCGACAAGAAGACGUCGUUUUCGAAGGCAAUGCCGAUUUUGAACCUGAAAGCGACGACGAGGACGAAGCCUUCGAGUACUCGGGAGACGAGAAUGUGGAGGAAGAGACUGCGGGCUUGAAGGAGAAGGGGGUGCCGGCGGUGAUGCGGUGUUUCGACCGGGCGAAGAUAUACGUGAAGGCGGGGGACGGCGGGAACGGCGUGGUGGCGUUUCGGCGGGAGAAGUACGUGCCGUUGGGGGGACCGUCGGGGGGUGACGGCGGGAGGGGCGGCGAAGUGUACGUGGAAGUGGACGGGGCGAUGAACUCGCUGCUGCCGUUUCGGAACAGCGUGCAUUUCCGGGCAGGGAGGGGGUCCCACGGGCAGGGGAGCAUGCAGAGUGGGGCAAAGGGGGAGGAUGUGGUGGUGAAGGUGCCGCCUGGAACCUUGAUUCGGAUGAGUGGAGGAGAUGAUGUGUUGUUGGAGAUGGUGUAUCCGGGACAGAAAGCUUUGGUUUUGCCGGGUGGUAGAGGGGGUAGAGGAAAUGCUUCAUUCAAGUCCGGGACUAAUAAGGUCCCCAAGAUUGCAGAGUAUGGGGAAGAGGGCCAUGAAAUGUGGUUGGAGUUAGAACUCAAGCUCGUUGCGGAUGUUGGUAUAGUUGGUGCUCCGAAUGCGGGGAAAAGUACACUUUUGAGUGUUGUUAGUGCUGCAAAGCCGGAGGUGGCUAAUUAUCCCUUUACUACACUGCUUCCGAAUCUCGGUGUUGUUUCCUUUGACUAUGAUUCAACCAUGGUAGUUGCAGACCUUCCAGGUCUUCUUGAAGGUGCACACCGAGGUUUUGGUUUAGGCCACGAGUUUUUACGCCACACUGAGAGGUGUUCUGCCCUGGUACACGUUGUUGAUGGUUCGUCACUGCAGCCAGAUCUUGAGUUUGAUGCAGUUCGUCUAGAGCUGAAGCUAUUUAAUCCUGAACUUGCUGAGAAGCCUUAUGUAGUUGCAUUUAACAAAAUGGAUCUUCCAGAAGCAUAUGAAAACUGGAAAUCAUUCAAAGAAACUUUGCAAUCUCGUGGGAUCACACCUUUUUGUAUGAGUGCUGUCACAAGGGAAGGUACUCGUGAAGUUAUCUCUGCAGCGUAUGAGCUUCUGCGUAGAAGUAAAGAAGAGAAGGAGGAAUAUGAAGAUGGAAAAGAUAUGGUAAAUUUGAAUCAUGUAGCUGAGGCAGUACAGAGGCAGCGGAAUGCAUCCAUCAGUGAUUUUGAGAUUUUUCAUGAGAGUGAUUCCAAUAUUUGGCAUGUAGUUGGAUCUGGAUUGCAACGAUUUAUUCAGAUGACAAAUUGGCGGUACAUUGACUCGGAUAGAAGAUUCCAACAUGUUCUUGAGGCUUGUGGUGUGUACAAGUCUCUCAUGAAACUUGGUGUAAAGGAAGGGGACACAGUAGUUGUUGGAGAGAUGAAGAUGAUAUGGCAUGACUCCUCUGACAAUUCUGGUGCGGCUAGGAUGAAGAAAUUAUCUUCUGAUUCAUUUAAAUGGGCUGAAUGGAAGUAA